AGACGUCAAAAUUGACAAUCAUCAUUAACAAGAAGUAAUUCUGUGUGGUGUAUACGAUCCAGAGUUCGACGAAGACCGUGUUUUAUUUCGAUUGUUUGCUGAAAUUUACAUAAAGUGGACGUAAAAUCAACAAAUGCAGACUUCUAGUUAUACAAGCUGCAUGUGAGAUCCAACACAAACGUAUUUCCGAGCGCGCAAAAACGGUAGAAUUUACUCAAGUGUUGUCUGUUUGAUAGACGGAAAUUUUUUUUUGUUUGGUGCUCUGUCAAGUCUCAUUUGUCGGCCACGUCAUUGUACAUUAUAUUCAGCGGCAUUGAACCAAGGACGAAAUAAAAAUGAAUAUUUUCCGACUGGCAGGAGAUUUGUCACAUUUGUUGGCCAUUAUAAUUUUGCUGAUUAAGAUAUGGAAGACUAGGUCGUGUGCCGGCAUAUCUGGCAAGUCUCAAAUACUGUUCGCCAUCACCUAUUUGACAAGAUAUCUGGAUUUGUUUACAACGUUCAUUAGUGUGUACAAUUCAUUUAUGAAAGUCGUGUUCAUCGGCGCAUCGGUGGGGACAUUAUUCCUGAUGUACGCCAAAUUCCGUGCCACCUACGACCGUAACCACGAUUCAUUCCGAAUUGAAUUUCUGCUUAUACCGUGCGCUCUACUGGCCCUGGUCAUCAAUCAUGAUUUCACCGUGUUGGAAGUGUUGUGGACGUUCUCCAUUUACUUGGAAUCGGUGGCUAUAUUACCGCAACUGUUUCUGGUGAGCAAAACGGGCGAAGCCGAAAGCAUAACCAGUCACUAUCUGUUUGCGCUGGGUUCCUAUCGGGCAUUGUACUUGCUGAACUGGAUCUACCGUUAUAUGGUGGAGAGUCAUUACGAUUUUAUUGCGAUUUUUGCCGGCGUCGUUCAGACCAUAUUGUAUUGUGAUUUUUUCUAUUUGUACAUAACGAAAGUGCUAAAGGGAAAGAAGCUACAACUGCCCGCUUAAAAAGGUAUUAUGAAUCGAUGGGUACGAAAGACUACAACGAUUUUUUUUAUUUAGAAUUUUUUUUUGAAAUGAAAGAAGAAAUGAAACGGAAAAUAAAUGGUAGGUGCACUGACCGAGGUGGUCCUCGGUAUAAUAUUUUCCGUUUUCCUUUCUUUUUUCGUUUGAUCGACACUUCCAAAGCUAUGUAAUGAGAAAUGAGAAAUAAAAAAAUGAAUUUACAAAAAACAAAAAAAGAGAGAAAACAAUAACGGGAAUCUUAAACUAUUAAACAAAAAACCAAGUUAAAUUAUCGGUAUGAAUGUUAAAAAGAAGCAAAAAAAGAGAGAGAGCGAGAGAGUUGGGGCUGAAUGUCUUUUUCUUCUUUUGUUUUUUUCUACAAUCGAGAAUGAGAAUUUUUACAAAUAAUUUUUCUUUUGUCUGUCCGAUAAAAAUGAAAGAAAAGGUUAAAAUAAUUAAUUGUGUACAAGAGUCAAGUCUACUUAUACUACCCUCAUACAAAAAAAAAAACAAAUACUUAAAAUACCGAAUCGAUUCAAUUAAAAAUGAUGCAUAGAUGCUACUUGGUCUCUUAUAUAGGUCGUAUACAAUUAUAUUUCAAUAUAUUAUAAUAGAAAUACCAUUAUCGUCGUUCCUAACGAUUAACAAUAAUAAAUGGCUUGGUAACGACGAUUUUAAACAUGUCAAAUUAUCAGUAAAAUUAGAAUUUUUGUUAUUACUACAAAAACUACAUGAACACAUUUUGAAAACGAAAAAAAAUUGUAGACCGAAAAUCAGCACAAAACGUUCAUAUAACACACAUAAAAGUGACCCGAAAAUAGAUUAAAAUGAAACCAGAAACGGAGAGAGUGAGAGGGAGAUAGAUGGAGAGAAAGAGAGCGAAUGUGUAGUAGUUCUAUAAAAUUUUACAACAAAAAUUUGUUUUAAUUGAUGGCAGUAUCGUCAGCAUCAUUAAAAAAUAUUAAAUACUUCUUGAACCGACAUUGCAAUAAAUGUUAAAUAGUUUUUCCAUCGUAUGGGUUUUCUGUUAUUUAAAAAGAGGAAAAAAAGAAAAA